GGCCCAGUAGGGGCACCUUUGGCCAUUUCAUUCUUAAGAGAUACGGUUUGGAAAUGGGAAGUGAUAAACCUCUUUCCCUCUUUUCCUCCCACCAUGGCGACCUCUUCUGCUCUGCAAUCUCGCCCUCAAAUCAAAGGACUACCAUAUCUGCUUCGCAAGAAACGAAGAAGUUUCAGUAUCUCUGAAAGCUUCAAGUGCCCAACCAAAAGAACAAUUGAUCGCUUGGUAAUGCGAGGUGGUACAUACUGUUUGCUUGAAGUUGCAGCAGAUGCCUAUGCUGAACUCUCACCAUCAAAUGCAUCUAUUUUACGUAAUUCAUUGGAUAUAUCAAGGACUGCCCUUAAUCUUGAUAUUAACAUACCAAAGGCAUCACAAUCCAUUUCCUACUACUUGCAGAGAAUCAUGCUAGCAGACCUGGAUCCAUCAUCGGCUAAGCUGGCAAUUGGUAUCUUGGGGCCCUUCUUAUCAGCAUUUGGAUUUCUUUUUAUUGUAAGAAUAGUAAUGUCCUGGUACCCCAAGCUACCUGUUGGGAAAUUCCCUUAUGUUUUAGCUUAUGCUCCUACAGAACCACUUCUCAUACCAACCAGGAAGUUGAUUCCACCUCUUGGAGGAGUGGAUGUAACCCCUGUGGUCUGGUUUGGACUGUUAAGUUUCCUAAAUGAAAUAUUGGUAGGCCCUCAAGGACUUCUUGUGCUACUAUCACAACAGGUUUAGCUGGUUGACAAAGAACAUACAGGGAGAUGCAUAAUUGUAAAUGUUGAGACAAAAUUUUGUAUUUACUUUUAAACGAAAUAUUGGUGACUGCAAUGCACAGUUUUCAUAGUA